AUGUAUUCAAGAAUCCCAUUUCAAUUGCAACUGCAGUGCGAAGUGAUGGAACUGAUAGGCAAUAUCUACCGGAACAACACGUUUCCUUACGGUCCAAGGGUGGAGGACCACUAUCCUUCGCUAUUCCUUAAGUUCCAUCAUGUCUUCAUCACGAUGAUGUUAUACAUUUUGUUAGUCAAGGUGUUUGGACCAAUGAUAAUGAGAAAAAGAAAGCCUUUCUCUUUGAAGAUUAUCAUGAUGGCUUACAACUUAUCACAAGUCCUAUUAAACUUUUAUUUACUACACAAGGCAAUCCUUUACUGGCACUCAUGGAUACCAAAAUUUUGGAACCAUGUUUGUAAUCCAAUAAGUGAAACAAUGGGAUUUACAGAAGAAAAUAAAAUGACCUACAUGCAAAUGAUGUACUACUUCUACCUGACUAAACUGGUUGACUUACUUGACACUGUGUUUUUCGUCUUAAGAAAGAAACAAUCUCAAGUUACGUUUCUUCAUAUUUUCCACCACACGAGUAUGGUAUUUAACAUGUGGGUUUCCUUGAUAUAUCUAAGAGAGGAAGUUAUUUCAAUUUUUGGGAUAAUGAAUGGAACAGUGCACGUGAUCAUGUACAUGUAUUAUUUCUUGGCUGCUUUUGGUCCAGGAAUACAAAAAUAUCUUUGGUGGAAGAAGUACCUUACUAAGUUGCAGCUGGUGCAGUUCGUAAUCAUGAUCGCAAUAUCAGUAAAAGUGAAAUUAAUAGAUUGCGAUUGUAACCCUUGGUUUUGGACCAUGUGGAGUUUCUCAGUAACGGUCUACUUUAUUCUCUUUGUGCAUUUCUAUGUAACAUCUUAUAGAAAGGUUAAGAAAGUAUAA